GAAGAGGACGAAGUUUCGCUUGAAGUACUUGAGGAAAUGCAUAAGUUAGAAGAGUGCUUUCCUGUGUUGUCGACUGAUUUCCGUUUGAUAGACAAGAUCGGAGAAGGAACAUUUUCCACUGUGUACAAGGCUGAGGCUUUGAACGGGAAAGUGAUGUUGGGAUCUGAUAUGUGGAAAUCACCACCGCUAAAGAAAAAUAAGCAUAAACCUGUUCCCAAAAAGAAAAACCCCAUCGUUGCGUUGAAGCAGAUUUAUGUCACCUCUUCGCCUAAUAGAAUCCACAACGAGCUCAAUUUGUUGUAUAUGUUGACAGGAAACGCCAAUGUAGCUCCUUUGCUUGAUGUAUUGCGCUACCAGGACCAAGUAUUGGCCAUACUACCAUAUUACCAGCAUGCCGACUUCAGGGACUUUUAUAGAGAUUUACCCAUCAAGGGCAUCAAGAAAUACUUUUGGGAGCUUUUCCAUGCCUUGGAUUACAUUCAUGAGAAGGGUGUUAUACAUAGAGACUUAAAGCCAACCAACUUCUUGUAUGAUCCAUUCAAAGGAAAGGGAGUUUUGGUCGAUUUUGGGUUAGCGGAAAAGUUCAAUUCGACAUCCAAACCUUCCAACGCGUGUCCCUGUUUAUCAAAGGAAAAGUUAGUCGUAAAUAGGUCUCACAUCAAGAGACUUAAUGUCAAAGGAGCCUACCCAAAACUGGAUAAUCGUCCUCCCAGAAGAGCAAAUAGAGCCGGUACAAGAGGCUUUAGAGCACCAGAAGUGCUUUUCAAAUGUACAAACCAAAGCACAAAGAUAGACAUUUGGUCAGCUGGAAUAAUAGGAUUCUCCCUCAUAGCCAGGAAGUUCCCCGUAUUUAAUUCUCCAGAUGAUACUGAUGCUCUUCUUGAACUAGCGUUGAUCUUUGGUAUAGAGAAAUUGCAGAGAUGUGCCGAAUUGCAUGGCUGUGGUCUUGAAAUCAACUUGACUAAUAUGGCCCAAAGUAGUGGUAAUCUAGUAAAGGUGUUAAGUGAUUUUAUAAGGCAUGAGAACGAAAAUGAUUGUUUCCCACCUGACAGUGUGAUCCAAGAUACUCUCAAAUUGUUUAACAAGGCCGGUGACAAGUUAGUCAAGCCGCAAUUCGUAGGAGAUCUCAACGAUGCUGAUGCCCAGUACGAAGGAUUCAAGAAGAACAUAGAAGACUACAAGGAUCACAAGUACUUGAUAGAAUUGCUCUAUGGUUGUUUCAGAAUGGACCCCACCAAAAGAUUGAGUGCUCGGGAAAUACUCCAAUUGCCGUUUUUCCAGGAAUUAGCUACUUCACAGGAUGAUGACGUUCUACUCUGA